AUGUCAGCCAUAACCAAAACAAUUGUUGCAACCGGUGCAUCGUCCGGUCUCGGAUUUGAAGCCAUCAAGCUGCUUCUAUCGCAGUCUCAGCCGCACAGGUUCAUUCUCGGCGCACGCGAUGUCAAGGGCACGCAGGCUGCAUACGAUGCAUUGAACAUUGACCGUGCAAAGCACAGUAUUUCCCUCUUGCCAUUGGACCUUUCGGACCUGCGCAAUGUCAAGUCGUUCGCGCAACAGACCCUGGAGCAGCUGGGUCAAGAUAAACUGGACACACUCUUCCUCAAUGCCGGCUUGAUGAAAGCCGCAGAGAAUCCUGGUCCGCACGGUUCGAAAUGGUGUGAUGCCCUUGUGGUCAAUCACUUGUCGCAGCACUAUCUCGUUCAUCUCUUGAGAGAGAAGCUGACGACUUCGCAAUCUCGCGUCGUCGUCGUAUCAUCUGGAGCAAUCCGAAAUCUGCGAGACAACGAUCCGAAGACUCUUGACGUGGAUCUCGUCGCCAACUCUGGUGCGGCAGCAAUGGUAACAUAUGCGGCGUCAAAGUUUACUCAGCUCUUGGGCGCGCAUUACUGGCGCCGACAAUUGGGCAGCUCGGCCACCGUCGUCGCAGUGUCGCCCGGCUUAAUUCCUGGCACUGGCAUCGGUCGCAAUUCCGACGUGGUCAUUCCCUCCAACGUGCCUGAUGCAAAGUCUGUCCAAGAAGGUGCCCAAAAUCUCCUCAAUGCAUUUGACAGAGACGACCUGCCAUCUGACCCAAACCAAAUCUUUCUUACUAGCUGGGGCGAAUGGUGGCCUACAACAGUGUAUACUCCAUCUCUGGACCAAGCCCUUCAGGAUAAGUGGUGCCCUUCUAAAGAUGACAUUGAGAAGGAGGCUGGUAUUAGUUCAUAA